AUGUCAAACAUUCUAGGAUGGCCACACAUCUAUGACGUUCCAGAUGACUUUAUCAUAAAACUCGAUGCAACGAAUUGCCCUAUGUACGAGCCUGUCGACGACAAAUUAUGGAUCCUGUGCGCCGGAAGCAGCACUACUACACAUUUUACACUUGAUCGGAUAUACGAAGUCCUUCUGGAAUCUGAGACCUGCAACCAUAUUUGGGAUCUAUUCGAAAAAUCCUUUUUAUCUUCGAUUUCCCGGACGUCGAAUAUAGAAGAAAUAUGCUCGGCUAAGCCAGGUGUCUAUACAGUCCCUAGCGGUAAGAAGCGUGUUAUGACUUUGUUAAACUUGAUGAUAAUGCGCACGAACAGACAGGCCUCCAGAGGAGGUUAUUCUUACAAACUUAUUUCGAAAAAAUUACACAGCGAUUGUCAACGCCUCUUUGCGCUUGGCCGAGACGGACAAGAACUUAUGCUCGCUGAGAUAUACGCGGGUCUAUCGAUUCUUGGUAAAUUCUCGAGGUCUAUACUCCUAGGAAUGAUUGUCAUCAUGAGGGACUGGCUUCGAAAUCAAGAGUUUUCCAUUACCGAGGAGGGGGUGUUGACUAGGCUUGUCUUACAAUUAGGGCGGCCUGUCAAAACCCAGGGCAUUGCUAAUCUUGUGAAAACGCGGGUUGUCCAAGGUGAAUAUCGUAUGACUCAACUUUUACGGAAUGGAGACCAUUGGGAUGCC